CACUGAAGAGUCAAAAUGCUCAAAGCCUGGCUCGCCUGUCUGCGAGUUCACAACAAGCGUCUCAAUAAGCAACCUAAGAGCAAAGCUGAGUUAAGAAGAAUCGCUGACUUCCAGGUCUUACCUCUUUUACUCAUUGGAUUUGCCACUUACCAGUUGGAUCGCACAAAUCUUUCCAGUGCAUUAACGGGUGGCUUAGCAUAUGACCUAUCGAUCAAUCAAAACACCAUAAACCUUGGCAAUCAAUUGAUGUUCCUCGGGGUUAUAGCGUUAGAGAUACCAUCUAAUGUUGUCUUAUACAAGAUCGGUCCUCGUUGGUGGAUAGGGGGUCAAGUCCUUGUCUUUGGCAUCAUUGCCACAUUGCAAAUCUUUAUUCGAAACGAGUCCGAAUUCUUAUUGACACGAACCCUCCUUGGUCUUGCAGAAGCUGGAUAUAUUCCAGGUGCCAUGUUUACCCUCUCCACAUGGUACACCAAGGCUGAAAUCACGAAACGGAUUGCUAUCUUCUUUUUUGGUAUGUUCGGGGGCACAGCAAUAUCACCUUUGUUGGGAGCAGGACUGCUGAAAUUGGACGGCCACGGAGGCCUUCUCGGUUGGCAGUGGAUUUUCUUGGUGGAGGGGGUAUGGUCGGUGGUCAUCUCGCUUCUAUUACUGAUCUUCCUUCCACAGAGGGCAUCGUAUGAACAAGUAUCCCAACACGAAUGUGAGACCGCCAAUGGCUGGUCAAUCGAAGGUGCCGACCGACAAUUACGCGUGGCCGAGGUGUGGAGGAUCAUAACUUGUAUCCAAAAAUGGCCUCAUUUCCUCGCCACUGCAUGUGUAUUCGCGACUUGGAGUCCACUCACGACAUACACACCGAGUAUUAUCAUGUCACUGGGCUUUUCCCGUGUUAAAUCCAAUGCUCUGGCUGCAGUCGGGAGCUUUCUGACCUUGUCGGUCGUUCUGUUCUUUGCUUGGCUUAGCAACAAAUCAAAAAGAUGGGGGAUCACGGUCAUGAUAGCUAUCAGUGCAUACCUGAUCGCCCUCGUUAUUUUACGGAUUGCGCAACCAGUUGCUAGCAGAUGGGGCAAAUUCGGGCUCUGGACUGCUGUAAAUGGUCUCGCUGUGGGUUAUCACCCGGUCCACAAUGCCUGGAUACAAAUCAAAUGCCGAACACCGGAGGAGCGCAGCAUUUCUUUAGCAAUGUUUGUUAUGAGCGCAACCAGUGGGCUAAUGGGCGGCUCCCAAAUUUUCAGGCAAGAUGAGUCCUCAAUCCUUUACCCUCGAGGGCUCCUCAUCAUGAUCGGUUUGGUCUUCCUGGGCCUUGCCUUUACCGCUUUACAAGAGCUCAUAUAUUCUUUGGAGAACCGGGGUAUGAGGAAAAAAUCAGAUGCCGUGGACCUUAAUUCGCCCUGCUGAUUUAACGAAUAUAUAUUGCAGGGUUCCUCAAGAGAUAUUUGCUUGGCUGAUAGAUCCAGCUAAGAGCUAUUGAAAUCCAAAAUGACCUACGAACCUAGAUUCAAAGUCACUAAAUAUAGAGAUAGUUC